AUGCCCGAAUCGAAGCCCGAAUCGACUGACGACGAGCUCUCUCCUCAUAAAGCGAAGCAGGAAUUUAUCAAAUCUAUCCGCAAUGAGCUUUUUACGCUGAACUUCUACCGUGCGCAUAUGCUGUACUUCAUUGUCGUCAUUGCAAUCAGCUCAGUCAUUGUGUACGGCGAAGGUAUCAAGAAUGGGCCAAAGGAUGGGUAUUACGACAGCCAUGUGAGCUAUAUGAACGCGCUGUUUCUGACCUGUAGUGCUAUGACGACGACUGGUAUGUCAAAUCCUCAGCCCAGCCAAUGGCUUAACUCUGUGAACCUGGGAGACUUGUCUGGUUUCCAACAAGCAGUCCUCUGCGUACUCUUGAUGGUCGGCAACAUUCCAUUUGUGUCGAUGGUAGUCGUCUUGAUCAGGCAAAGCAUGUUCCGCAAAAGGAUGUCUGAGGUGGUGAAACACUCCCGGGCUAUGCAGAGACUGGUCCAGGAUAUCGAGACAAGCCAUGAAAAUGGGCAGAAUAAUGGAAGUGGCGACAUCGGCUUACGGCAGCGUACCCAUGCUGAGCGUGGUAGAGGCAGAGAUGAUGAAGGACGGGAGGCCGAGCCGAAAAAGAGGAAGAUUCAGCCCUUGAACAAGAGGCGUACAUUUCAUCAUCAGACGGGGUUUGGAUUCGUACCCACACCUUGGGAGACAAAAUUGGCGAAGAAUCUCUUCGCUCGCAUUUUCGACAACAUCACGAGUGAACUCCGACCAGAGCAGCACGACUAUGUCUCUUUCAAGCCACACCUAGACUCAAGAGGACGGUUUUUGGAGCUUAGCGAACAUGACAGGCUUGAGCUCGGUGGUGUGGAGUAUCGCGCCUUGCAGGCUCUACUGUUCAUUCUUAUUGGAUACCAGCUCUUUUGGUACGUCUUUGGCAUUGUUUUCCUCAUGCCAUAUGCAUACCGCUCCGAGACGCGCGACAUUCUCCGAGAGGCACAGCCAGGAGGUCUCAACCCAGGAUGGUGGGCUUUUUUUUCCACGGUCACAGAGUUUGCCAAUGGCGGCCUCAACGUGCUCAACGCGAACUUUGUCCCAUUCAGCGGCAUGCCUUACAUCCUCAUCAUCGCUGGUGCGCUGGCUCUGAUCGGACAGACACAGUUCCCGAUCUUCCUCCGACUGACGAUAUGGAUAAUGCAGAAGAUGUUCUUACUUCAGCAUCCUCGACGCUGCUUCAUAUACCUGUUUCCUAGCAGACAAACAUGGUAUCUGCUGGCUAUCCAGAUUACGAUCGAUAUCACCGCAUGGCUAUGUUUCGAGAUCCUGAACAUCGGCAUGCCAGACGUCGAAGCCUUGACCACCGGCACCCGCAUCCUCGAUGGACUGUUCCAGGCCACAGGUCUCCGUACAUCUGGCGCAUACAUCAUCACUUUCUCCUCGCUUGCACCUGCCUGCCUGGUGGCCUACUUGGUCAUAAUGUACAUUUCCAGCUACCCACUGGUCAUGACCCUGCGCAAGACGAACACAUACGAAGAGCGGUCGAUUGGGCUGCAGGAAGGCGACGAUAGCGCUGCUGCGUACGAUAUCUGGUUUCAGUUCCUUGCUUUCUUUCUGGUGUGCAUCAUUGAGCGGGCACAUCUUCGCGCUGCAGAUCCGGGGUUCGAUAUGUUCUCGCUGCUGUUCGAGGUGACAUCGGCGUAUGGGACCGAUAUUAGCCUCAGCGGCCGCUUUGCUGGUCUGAGCAAGGUUGUCAUGUUGUUCGUGAUGGUGCGUGGAAGACAUCGGGGGUUGCCACUCGCGAUUGAUCGAAGCAUUCUUCUGCCAGGGGAAGAGUUGAUGAAGAGACUGGAUCUGGAGUACGGUGGUGGCGCAGACGCCUCUGUGAACGACAAAAACGAGUUGGUACGUGAUUUUGAAGAGGGCACUACCCAAGCGGGAGGCUCGAAGCCGAUUCAAAGUGCGGAAAGGGAGAAUGUUGGAGAAAGCGCCACGCCUAGUCAGUAA